AUGGAGAUGUGGCGUGUCGUUUUGGUGCUUGCUUUGUCAUCAGAACUAUUGCAUGCAAGCAGUGCACGUAAGGUUCCUGGCGAUGACCAUGUUAGCCAUAAUGAGCAAACCGUGGUUGUGCAUGCAAGUGCACCAACGGCAGAGUCACCUACUGACCUUGGUGACAAGAAGAACUUCAUAUAUGGCGGCGUUGGUGGGUUUGCUGGGAUGGGAGGAUGGGCUGGAGUUGGCGGUGUGAUGCCUAUUCUUGGUGGAAUUGGUGGUGGGAUUGGCAAAGCUGGUGGAAUUGGUGGUGGGAUUGGCAAAGCUGGCGGAAUUGGAGGUGUUGGAGGAGUAGGAGGUAUUGGAGGUGUUGGUGGUGGUGCUGGCGGUCUCGGCGGUCUUGGAGGGUUAGGUGGUGGUGCUGGCGGUCUCGGCGGUCUUGGGGGGUUAGGUAGCGGUACCGGUGGAGUUGGUGGUGUUGGCGGGUUAGGUGGUGCUGGCGGAGCUGGCGGUGUGGGUGGUGUAGGUGGUGCUGCUGGCAGUGGAGUUGGUGGUGGAGCUGGUGGCAUUCUUCCAAGUCCUUGA